UUUUCGGAAAGGAGAGGGGUGGGGCUAAGGCCGGUCAGUCAGGCUUGGGAAGCCGGGAAGAAAUUGUCUCCCGGCCGUGAGAACGGAGGUAUAGGGGGGCAACGGCGGUGCUGGGGUCUCCCCCGCCCCGUGAUUGACAGCCCGGUCUUUCCACCCGGGCGGUGAAAUCAUAGCAGGGAAUGUAUGACAACAUGUCCACAAUGGUGUAUCUAAAAGAAGACAAAUUGGAAAAGCUCACUCAGGAUGAGAUUAUUUCCAAGACUAAACAAGUGAUUCAAGGCCUAGAAGCCUUGAAGAAUGAGCACAAUUCCAUCUUACAGAGUUUACUUGAGACACUAAAAUGUUUGAAGAAAGAUGACGAGACCAAUCUGGUGGAAGAAAAAUCAAAUAUGAUUCGAAAGUCUUUGGAAAUGCUAGAAUUGGGACUAAGUGAAGCUCAGGUGAUGAUGGCUUUGUCAAAUCACUUAAAUGCCGUAGAAUCAGAGAAGCAGAAAUUACGUGCCCAGGUUCGUAGGCUAUGUCAAGAAAACCAGUGGCUAAGAGAUGAACUUGCUAAUACCCAGCAGAAAUUACAAAAAAGUGAACAGUCUGUGGCUCAGCUGGAAGAAGAAAAGAAGCACCUUGAAUUCAUGAAUCAGUUAAAAAAAUAUGAUGAUGAUAUAUCACCUUCAGAGGACAAAGACGCAGAUUCUGCCAAAGAGCCAUUGGAUGAUUUAUUCCCCAAUGAUGAAGAUGACCAAGGACAAGGAAUUCAACAGCCACAUAGCAGUGCAGCAGCAGCUGCCCAACAGGGUGGUUAUGAGAUUCCAGCAAGAUUAAGGACCCUUCAUAAUCUUGUCAUUCAGUAUGCUUCCCAAGGUAGAUAUGAGGUUGCAGUACCACUUUGUAAGCAAGCUCUUGAAGACCUUGAAAAGACUUCAGGUCACGAUCACCCUGAUGUUGCCACUAUGUUGAACAUACUUGCAUUAGUAUACAGGGACCAGAAUAAAUACAAAGAUGCAGCAAAUUUACUGAAUGAUGCCCUGGCCAUUCGUGAAAAGACCUUAGGCAAAGAUCAUCCCGCGGUUGCAGCAACUUUAAAUAAUCUUGCUGUACUUUAUGGGAAAAGAGGAAAAUACAAGGAAGCUGAACCUUUAUGCAAGAGAGCUUUGGAAAUCAGAGAAAAGGUGCUGGGAAAAGACCAUCCAGAUGUUGCCAAACAGUUAAAUAAUCUGGCAUUACUAUGUCAGAAUCAGGGGAAAUAUGAAGAAGUAGAAUACUACUAUCAACGAGCACUUGAGAUCUACCAAACAAAACUGGGGCCAGAUGAUCCAAAUGUAGCGAAAACAAAGAAUAAUUUGGCAUCCUGCUAUUUGAAACAAGGGAAAUUUAAGCAAGCAGAAACUUUGUACAAAGAGAUUCUUACUCGUGCCCAUGAAAAAGAAUUUGGCUCCGUGGAUGAUGAAAACAAACCGAUCUGGAUGCAUGCUGAGGAGAGAGAAGAAUGCAAAGGAAAACAAAAAGAUGGCACUACAUUUGGUGAAUACGGAGGCUGGUACAAAGCUUGCAAAGUUGACAGUCCAACAGUUACAACUACUUUAAAGAAUCUUGGAGCACUUUACAGACGUCAAGGCAAAUUUGAGGCUGCUGAAACACUGGAAGAGGCAGCAAUGAGGUCCCGUAAACAGGGACUUGACAAUGUUCACAAACAAAAAGUUGCUGAAGUACUUAAUGAUCCAGAAAGUAUAGAGAGAAGGCAAAGCCGUGAGAGCCUUAAUAUUGAUGUGGUAAAGUAUGAGAGUGGACCUGAUGGAGGAGAGGAAGUGAGUAUGAGCUUAGAAUGGAAUGGGGAUGGCAGUGGAUCAUUAAAACGCAGUGGUUCCUUUAGCAAACUUCGUGCUUCAAUUAGACGCAGCAGCGAGAAGCUGGUUAGAAAACUGAAGGGAGGAAGUUCACGAGAAAGUCCUGGCAUGAAGCGUGCCAGUUCAAUGAAUAUUCUUAACGUGGGUGGCAAAGCAACUGAAGAUCAUUUUCAAGGACGAACUAAUUGUCUGACAGAUUCAAGAGCUAAGAGUGUCAGUCACACUGAUUUGGCCCACUGAGGUUCUGGAACAGAUGCUAGCUAAAAAUGUUCGUAUGAAUUAUGAAGCACUGAGAUUCACAGGUUUUGGUGGUUCCUAUUAAUUUUUUUAGCACUUUCUAGGUUAAAGACAUAACAGAAUGGACUAUUUCUAGGUUCUCUUAAAAUAACUGGCAUUUUAAAGAAUCCUAGAGUUAGCAAUUAGCUUCUUUCUGAAGCAUGCUCAGUUUGUUGCAUUUUUACUAGCAAUAUGGAGUUGUGUUACAGAUAGCUGUAUAGCAGUAUUCAUAAGCAGAAGAAAAUAUGCCCACAAAAUAGAAAAAGAACUGAAGAAUAAAAAAAUGCAAAAGCUUUCUUCAACAUGCUGUUUUAAAACUGUUACAGGAGCAUCCAUUAUUAACAAUGUAUGCAUUUGCUAGAAUGAGGUUUACAUUAAGUUCAUCGCUAUAUGGAAUAAGGAUUCUGUACACACAUUAAAGAUUACAGAUACAGAAAUUGUCAGGUAUCUUAUGUCAUUCGGGUUUUAAAUCAGGAAGACAAGAUACUGGUUAAUUGGAAUGGACGAACUUUGACAUCUCUUGAAAAAUGACAAUAGCCAAUUGUAGCUUGAUGAAAUUGAUGAAAGUGGUGCAAUUUACUUUAACCUGGAAGAGAAAAGCAGAAUAGGCUAAAAACCCAUCAGGUUUUCAGUCUUUUCAUUUUAGUCCCACAGAACACCUUUUUUUUUCUCAGUCCAGAAUUAUAAGUACAUAACUGCCUCUUGAAUCUGACUUCUAUUUCAGUUUGGAUUAAGAAAGGGGAAAAAUAAGUACUGUACUAUGAAGUUGUGGCUUGCAAGAGGGUCUCAUAAGAAAUUUGUCAGGAUAAAAAAAAAAGCCUAAUAGUGCAAUUUGUUUCAAUCUUCCAUUGAUUUAUUACUCUCUUGGGUGAUAAAAAUCUUUCUUCUCAGGGAAGGACAAGUGUUUCAGCAUUUGGUUUUGAAGUCACAUUUAAUGAAAUGUGUUUAUCUGUUUCCAUUUGGCAAUACUAUUAUUUGCAAGCAGGAAGUAGGAAAUGUGUGCAAGACAUGAUUGAAUACUAAGAAAAUUAAAUCUCUGCCCAGUAGGAAUAACCAAGCUAAAUUAAUUUUGCUUACUUUUUUGCAGUACAAUCAAUGUUAAUGUGGAUUGCAGAGGUUAAAGCUCUAAAAGGAAUAUAUUAUAGUUUUAUAAAAAAUUACAUGUAACAAGAUUUGUGGUGAAACUACAUCACUCCAGUGUUUAAAUGAAAACACAAAUCUGGUCACUGCUGCUGACUAUGUCGAGGUUUUGUGAGAACAUUAUUGCAUAUCAUUUGUAAAUCUGAGUGAAUUCAACUUGCUGGUUCACAAUGGAGUUGGUUAUAUUGUUCUUAACCAUCUUAGUUAAAUUCUAAAAUUCUGAACAGAUUUUGGAAAGCAAGUACAAAGAAACCAAAAAGCUAAACUAAGAUACAAUGACUCUCCAUUUUUAAGUUGUUGUAUUUGCAUUCCUGUCUGAAAAGACUUUACAUUGGUGGUAUGUUCUAAUAAAAUUUCAUCUGUUACUCAAAGUGGAAUAUAAAUAUGCCUUAUUCAAUAUAUUUUUGAGAAUAAGAGCAUUAGAUAAGGUUUAAAGCUCUUUGAGAUGGUUAGGUUAUUAAUAUAAUACUAGUCUCCCUUAUUUUUAACAAUUUUUCCAAUUUUUGUUUUUUUAAGGAGAAAAAGAUACUUAAAUAAAAUGUUCUUCCGUAUGGAAACAUGGUUAUGAGUUGCAUUGUCCUUCGUGUUUAAUGUUUUUUUUCAAAUGAAUAUUCAUAUUUAGCUUUAUAUUGUUAUAAAAUUACCUCUUGCAUGCAUACAGCUUAAAUGAAAGUUGAAAAUAUUUGCUGCCAAAAAGUUGAAGAGGGGCAGCGCUUUAAUGCCAUCUUGUUUUGACCUUAUAACAAACUUUAGUAGUAUACUUUGAUAAAUGAACCACAACAGCCGUCUCUUCAUUUGGUGGGACUAAAAUUUUUAUCUCUCGAGUAGAAUUUAUGAAUAUUGUUACCUUAUCUCCUCCAGAUGAGAUGAAAUAAAUUCUCAGAAUUCUCAAGUCAUCUAGACUUUCUGGAAAUUGUAGAGGAAAUUUACUUUUCGAAGAAAAAUCUAGGUGUAUGUUAUGUAUUAUGAAUAAGUGAAUGACCUAAAAUAUUAAUAUUCUCACAUAGGAAAUAAAUAUUUAUGGAUAAUCUGUAUGACUGUGCUAAACUUGGUUCUUAGUCACCUGACUAUCCUGCCUUGCUUAUGGAUCUAUAGAAAAUGAGAGACAAUUUACCUCAUACUUUUCUUUGAAGCAGUUUACUCAGUACAUUCGAUUAGGAAAGUGGAUAUAGACAAACCUAUGGCUGGGCCAUGCUGUGCGAUGGACAGUUGUGGUAAGCUAUCACUCUAAGGAUAUACUAUUGAGCACAUUAUGGAUAUAGUAUAUCUUAUCUUCUGCAAUGUUACAAAAGAGUUACCAUAUAUUUCCAGCUCAUAACAGAAACAAUUCAGCUGUUCACUAAUUUAAGUGAUUAUUGUUGAAAGAUAAAUCAUUUCAUUAGAAUCUUGCAUUUGGUGCAGAAAUAACUUUUGUUUGUGCAUCUGUUGUACCUAUUCGAAAAACUGAGUCCUCACCAGCAAAAGCUCCUAUUAUAAAGGGUUCCCCCCUUCAGAAGUAGCUUAAGCAACAGUCUGUGUGGUUUUGUAUAAACUCUAAAGCAUGAUUCCUUCCCUACCAAGUAGGCUUCUUCAUAAUAAAUGAUUUAAUCCUAUCUUAGAAAUUUAUCUAUGGAAACAACAGGGCCAUCCAAUUAAGUCCACAUCUGUGAGUGAAUCCCUUUUAGACCUCAUAACUGCAACCUGAAAAAUAAGUUUGAGGAGUCCAAGUGAAACAAAGGGAAGGCAGUCUGAGCUGUAGUCAUGUGGAUUCUGCCUGUUGGAAGAUUGUCAUUUAUCACAACUCGGGGGGUUUUAACUAAAACAGCAGUGAAUUGAAAGCUCAGUGGCAAUAUUAAUCUAUGUGACAUUUGCACAUUUAAAUGUAUUGGCAGCAGCAUUAUUCAGUUAAAUUUUUUCUUUAAUUUUAAAAUAGUAUAAGUGAUGGUGAUAAUCUAAAUUGCCCGUCACAUUAUAUACUUUCUUAGACAAUACUGUUAAUUAGUACCCAAGUCACAAUUUCAUUUGUCUUCUAAAAUAAAUAAGUUGCAAUAUUAAAUAUAAUUUACUUAAGCUACAUCUUUAAUAGAUGUUCCUAUAUCCAUUUAGAAUGCUCAAGAAUACAGUUAGCCCCAAUACAAGUCUUUGAAAGAAACAUUGGGGUUGGACUAGAAGACCUCCAAGGUCCUUUCCAACUCUGCUAUUCUGUUAACAUGGUGAACUAGAACAGUUGCCUUGAUUCAGUAGUUAUUUAUAUAUUUACAUAUGAAAAAUUGGCAUUAGUAGUAUCUGCUUUCAAGAAAAUGCUUCAUGCAAAACAAUUCAGAUAAUGUUUACUAUAGAUAUCCCUCUUUGCAAGCAGGAAUGCUUUUUAGAUUUAACAUGUUAAAUCAGCUAGCUAAAAGACGUUUUGUGUUAAACUAGUAAUUUCACUGAUUAUGGAAAAUUAAGUAUUUUUAUUAUAUAUAUUUCUGAAAACAGAUUGUGUAGUGUUUUACUGAAUUUGUUUACAAUGUUGAAAUACACAAAUUUGUUAACAAGGUCAAUUUUCCCACUGAAUCUGCUACUAUAAAAUCUGCUGAAGUACAAAAUACAUACUUGUAACAUAAAUUCAUGUAAAAAAUAUUUUACCAGAACGUGUUUAUAUUUUGCUGAAGUUAUGAAUACUCCCUUUUAAAAAUAUGAAACUUUAUUUCAUUAUUGUAUAUCUCUAAAUCAGAAAAAAAUGUUAUUUUAAAAGCACAUUACUGUAGUUCUUAAUCUGUAAUAUCAAUGUGUAGUUUUAUGGCUUCAAAUAGUAAAUUAAAUAGUUUUUGUACCCUGUAUGUAUGACUUACCCCAAAACUGGAUGUAACUAAUGGCAUUUCAUCUGUGUACUUUAUGUAUGGCAGCACUGAUGGGGCUGUUGUAUAAUGGCAGGAUAUUCAGCUAAACUGCUGAAAUGGAGUAAUUCAUGUACCCUUUCGAAAAUCACUUCAGAGCACUUAAGGAUACCAUAGUCAGAGAAAAAUCAACAAAGUAGCAGUUUAAAAAA